GUUUGGUUGCCCUCGUCGAUCAGUCCCACUCCAGUACUCACUCAAUAUUAUUUUAUUUGAUAUUAUAUUAUUUAUUAGUCUACUUUGUCACAGCAUACGAUUCGCACAUACUUCCAUCCAAUCGAUCUCGUCAUUCUUAAUUAAAUUUUUUUUUUUUAUUCAAAUAAUUUUUAUUUCUUUUUAUAAUUUAACUCCCAAUAAUGAACGCUCUUAAAACACUUUUGAGAAAAACUCCACAAAAAUGGAUAAAAAAAAGAAAAUUUCAUAUAACUGCAUCAGUAUUAAAUUAUACACCAGGACCUCUGACCCAGUUUACUGAGGACGAAAUAAUGAUGAAAGAAACUGUUGCCAAGUUAGCCAAGGAAAAAAUUGGACCAUUAGUCAAAAAAAUGGAGAAAGAAGGAAAAGUAGACGAUGGUGUUUUAAAACAAUUGUUUGAAAACGGCUUAAUGGGACUAGAAAUAUCAUCAGAUUACGGCGGCAGUAGUUGUAAUUUUAUGACGACAAUUUUAGCCGUUGAAGAAUUGGCUAAAGUUGAUGGCGCAGUAGCCGCACUUGUUGACAUCCACAACACAUUAGUUAAUUCAUUAAUUAUAAAAGUUGCAUCUGAAGAACAAAAAGCUAAAUAUCUACCGAAAUUAGCCCAAGAAUUCCCCGGAAGUUUUUGUCUUACCGAACCAGGAGCUGGCUCGGAUGCGUUUUCAUUAAAAACAGAAGCAAAAAAAGACGGGGAUCAUUAUAUUAUUAAUGGGACAAAGAUGUGGAUAUCAAACUCCGAUAUCGCUGGUGUAUUUAUAGUUUUUGCGAAUGCAAAUCCAUCGAAUGGUUAUCGCGGGAUUACAACAUUUUUUGUAGACAGAGACAUGCCAGGAGUGUCUGUAGGAAAACCUGAAGAUAAAUUGGGAAUAAAAGCAUCGGGAACAUGUAUGGUGCACUUUGAAAAUGUGCGCGUACCUGCUUCGAAUAUUUUAGGACAAUUUGGCCACGGGUAUAAAUACGCAGCGGGUUUUUUAAAUGAAGGCCGUAUUGGUAUCGGCGCUCAAAUGAUUGGUAUCGCUCAAGGAUGUCUUGAUGCAACAAUCCCGUACACUCUUGAACGUAAACAGUUUGGAAGUGAUAUUUUUUCAUUUCAAUCAAUGCAACAUCAAAUCGCGCAGGUGGCAACAGAUUUAGAAGCUGCAAGAUUAUUAGUUUAUAAUGCCGCGAGAAUGGUCGAAGCUAAGCAAGAUUUUGUCAAAGAAGCAGCGAUGGCUAAACUUGUUGCUUCAGAAACCGCAUUAAGAGUAACAGCUAAAUGUAUAGAUUUUAUGGGCGGUGUUGGAUUCACGACAGAUUUUCCUCAAGAAAAAUAUUUCCGUGACUGUAAAAUCGGCACUAUUUAUGAAGGAACAAGUAAUAUGCAAUUAUCAACAAUUGCUAAGCAAAUACGUAAAAUGUAUUCAUAAUAUUCAGAUACUGAUACUGAUAUUAAAAUAAUAAAUUAUAUCAACGAUUAAAUGAAUUCUCAUACUUAAAAUAAA